GCUAGAUAUCUACCAAGCCUGUGGAGCUCAGGGUUGCUCCUAGGCCUUGCAGCUAUAGCUGGCAGUGAGGCAUACAGUCAGAACACGUUUUGGAUUUCAACACAGUACUAUCUGCCAACAUCAUGACCAGUGCGGACGUUAUACCUCCCAGUUAUGAUGACGUGACGAAAAGUGCGGAUGAAAGUGAAAACGAGAGUGGAAAUGCUAAUGAGGCUGUAGAGGCACCUCCUUCCUAUUACUCUUUGUUUCCAAGUAGCCUGAGUCCGAACAACAUUGGCCGGCAAGUGAGGCGUGGUAUUAGCUCAGGAGGCGAUGGUGAAGACUCAUCUGGAUCUGGAAAUAGAGCUACUAGUGUUGCAAAGAUCUCUGGAUGUCUAGGCUUCGUAGUUACUUUCAUAUUUGGUUUUCCCAUUGCAAUGAUUACUAUUGGCUCUCUUAAUGUUGGUGAGUGUAGAAUCGAAUCUCAACUGCCCAUCUGGCUGAUUGUGAUGGGUGUAUUUCAGUUGUUGGAAGGAUCAUGCCGUCUGUGUUAUCAUACGUCUCGACAAGAGUCAGAUGACAAUGAAUUGUCAAAGGACCCCGUCGUUCUUUUCUUAGUAGUUUGGUUCAUUGUGGGAAAUGUGUUUGUCUUCAAAAACUGGACUGACUACACUCCAAUCAAAUUGAAUGGUACGAUGAUUAAUGAAAACUAUUGUGAUCAAUUAACUAUGAGGUUUGCAUUUUGGACAAUCGUUUCGUACUAUAUCAUCUGUGGUGUCGUGUGUGUCUGCGUUUGUGGAGCUGUUUGGUCUAAAAGCAACUCAGACUCGGACUGAACUAAUAAUUAUUAUUACCAGUUUAGCUGUGCAGCAUUCUUUCUAAGCUUUGCAGUUUAUUAAGUAGUUGGUGUGUCAUAUCAGUGCAUUUAGUGUAAGGAUUAGUUUUGUAGAUAAUUGCUAUUGAGUGGUAGAUAUCAUCAAUUUUGUAUGUAAAUUUACCUACAGUAUUGGACCUAAAUAUCUUUCAGCUAAUGAAAUACAGAAAUUUGAUCAUAA